UUUUAGGCCCAUUUAUCCAUACACCGAGUAAUUGCACAACAGGAGGAAAAAUCAUUCACAAUUCACUAGAUUUACACAAUCGAAAUUCUUCUUAUUUUCUUCUCUAAACCGAACAGUUACGGAGGGGAGCGAGGGCCGGCGAAGGUGAGACAACGACGGGGCUAUGGUCUCUAACCUUAGCCCCCGAUCCAGUUUUGGAAGGGUGCGAAUCGAGAGUGAGCCUGCAACUAGGCGAGCAGUGGCAACCUUCUAGUUUCUGGCAGCGAUUGCCGCUACGAGCUUUGCCGCAAAGAAGAUUUUUAUUUGAAGUCAAUGAGGGGAAUGCAGAGAAGAGUUUGGUAAUCCAAGUGAGGAUGGGGAAGAUUAGACAAGAUAUACAAAUGGCAAUGAGGUUUGAUCGUGACUGGAAGAAAAUUGAAGAUUUUGUGGGUUCAAAGAUAGUGAUUCAGAUUCGGAGUCAUGCCCAAAAGUAUUUUUUGAAGGUCCAAAAAAAUGGUACAAUAGCACAUGUGCCCCCACCUCGGCUCAAGCGUAAAGCAUCUCAUCCUUAUCCCCAAAAAGCUUCAAAAAAUGGUUCGUCUUUAAUUUCUUCACUAUUGUAGUGAUUUUAUGCAUGCCUAUGUUUUGAAUGAUUACAUACUUUCCUUCUGUUUGUUUAAAACUAUGGGCAGUUUUAGUGCCUCUGCAGGGGCCUGUGGCUACUCCUCCUUUAGUGAUUCCUUUUGCACCUGUGUAUCACACUUCCCUGCGUCGCACGGGUUAAGUUUGUCUUGUUUGUAAGUUUUUAAUUUUAAUUUGGAUGUAUUAUUUCAUCCCGCCACGUACACUUGGGUCUUUUUCUUGGUAGGGUAAAUUUCACCAAUGGUACCUGAACUUUAGCUAUAAUUUCGAAGUGGUACCUGAACUUCAAAUCCUUUCACAAAAAUCCCCCAACUUACACAAUCCUUUCACUAAUGAGCCAUUAGCCCGUUUCUAGGUCAAAUGCCGGUUACCAUCCGACGUGGGUGCUGAUAUGGAUGCUGAAUCACUUCCCCUACCUCACUCUCUUUCCUCCUCACCUAUUUCGUAGCAUAUAAACCGGCUCUGCACUCCCAAAUCGCCACCCCUUUACCCGAUAAUUGCCAGAACCCUAAUUUAGGAAAAUGUCCAGCAUCUCAAGCAACAACAGCCAUGGCAUGCAAUUCGCGAGGUGUAGAUGCGGAGAAAAGGCCGUUCUGAAGAUAGCUUGGACUGAAUCAAAUCCUGGAAGGAGAUUUCUGGGCUGUUCAAAUUAUGGGAGGCAUAAUUUUUGUAAGUAUAUGGAGUGGAUAGAUCCAGAAGUUCAUCCACGUUAUCGUGAGGUCAUCAAUGGUUUGCUCCGGA